AUGCAGCGAACUGCAGAGGCGGCACACCAAGCAACCCAGCGGCGCAUCUCGCAGAUGCUCCAGCAGGCAUAUGUGGACUUGAAACCGGGAACCAUGUUCAAGAGCAAGGAUGAUGUGUUUCGUGCUUUGGCAGCCGUCGCUGUGUUCCAUGGAUGCAACCACUAUGUGUACGCUUCGGACACUUUCGCCAUUCGUGUCAUCUGCGGCAACGAGAAGAGGCGCCAGGAUGCGCUUAACAUGAACGCAAGUGACCCUUCCCCGCUUGGGUGUCUCUACUGCUGUACCAGCACGAUACAGCCUUGCGGAAGCAAUCGGACAGUCACAUCCCAGACGCUUGCGCGCGUUGACCAGGCCAUCCUUGGUACUGGUCUCCAGAUGGUGCAGGUGGCACGAGAAAGGUGUUUUGGGCCGGUGUCUAUAAUGGUCGCGAUCACGCACUGGAUGGCACGGCGACGUUUGGAUGUGCUGGCGCAUGCCGAGACACACAGCUCUCCUCUCACAAGUUUUGCUGCCGAGGAGGUUGCUGCGAGCUGGGGCGCUGCUGCUGGACCGGCGGCUUUGGACAUUGAACACGGUCGAGUGCACGUCCACAGACCCAAUGUGCAACCCCACCAACCGACAGUGACUGUAGCGAAUGGCGUCUGCAAUUGCAUCUACCACAAGAACUACAGCGGGCUUCCCUGCAAACACAUCGUUGCAAUCAACCAUCCUCGCGCUCACACCAUCCACGACAUGUUCAAGCAAGCCGUCUACGUGCAAGCCUGGCAUGACUUUGGCCUGCGUGUGCCGUUGGAGGCGUCGAGCGUGCCUUGCGACAUGCUGCCACCACCUGCAGUCAUACAGCCCGGGCGACCGCAGGAGAACAGACUGGAGCGACAACCACGCAACCGCACGCGCCUAUUCCCACCAGUACUGCCUGCACCUGUAUACGGGCCAGCAGCGCCACCGCCUCUGAUGCAUGCCAUGAUGCCGAACUUGUCAACGACACCGGUCAUCACAAGCAUAUUGACGCCGCUGCAGCUCCCAAUGACUGGAGCGGGAUGGCAGACGUCCACUUUUGAGGACUCUGUUGUGUACUCGUGCCACUCCGGUAACGUCGUUUACGACACCACAUUCGGCAGCACGCUCACCACCCUCCUUCCCCCAGACAGCACGUCUGCCUACAUGACCUCGUUCACCCGCACGUGCCGGGCCGAUCAGACCUACACCAACACGGAGCUGGCGUGUCAUGACGUCAACGAGUGCGACCCAGACGCCCAAGACCAGCCCCGCACCUACCAGCAGCAGGCGCUGUACACGUGCGAUGAUGGCUACACCACCACGGGCGAUGCACAGGCUACCGCCACCUACACGGCUACCUGCACGGCGACAGGCAACUACACGUUCCAAGGGACGUUUGUGGAGGUGGACGAGUGCGCUGCCCAGCCGUGCAUGAACGGCGGCGUGUGCACGGACCUGGUGAACGCGUUUGAGUGCGCAUCCUUUCAAAUCGCGGGCGACAUGCUGCUGGUCAAGUCUGCAGCGCCGCUCAACCACGAGGCCAACCCUGUCGUCACCACAUCCAUCUCCUCCAUCGACAACAACGGCGCCGUCGUCACGUCCACCUUCAACAUCAGCGUCGCUGACAUCAACGAGCCGCCCACAGACGUGGUCGUGCACGCCAUCAACGACACGUCGCAGCAGCCGCUGCAGCAGUUCCUUGUGCCAGAGCAGCCAGCACAUGCCACAACAGCAGCGCAGCCGUGGCUGGUGGGCGCCGUGCGGCGUGCUGGAUCCGGGACACGGCCGACGCCACCGCAGAACCCGCAUCCGUUCACGCUGCUUCGGGCAAAAUUUGAAACGAGUCGCCCCUCAUCUGUCGUCCCCAACGGCGGCACUCGUUUACGACAACACAGACAGCCCGGACGUGUCGUGAGCCACGAGACGACGCCGACCAUCACCUUCACCAUCACCGUGCAGGACUCGGGCGGCCCUGGGGACAACGACCCACCGCUCAGCACAACGACGGACAUCGUUGUUCGCGUGGUCGACAGCAACGACGCGCCACAGGGCUUGGUGCUCAUCAACGCAACGGCGGCCGUCCCGGAGAACGCAGUGGCCGGCACCUUUGUUGGCACGCUCGCGGUCACGGACGAGGACAUGGAUGAGACCAUCACGUUUGAGAUUCUGCUUGGCGGUGAAUUCCUGGCCGUCGCCACCCCGCAACCCACUGCCUGCUCCGGUGGUGCUGGCCUAUGCACUGCGGAUGUUGUCACGAUGACACCACUUAACUUUGAGACGACCCCGACAUUCACGCUGCUGGCGCGGGCGACCGAUUCUGUCGGCAGCAGCACAACGCAGUUCUUCACCAUCGCCGUGCAGGAUGUCAACGACAUGCCACGCGUUCUUGGCCUGACAAACACGGUUGUCUCCGAGGCACCGUCCUCGCCCCUGCCGCUCACAAUUGCCACGGUCAUGGUGGACGAUGAGGACGGCGACGUGGUGUCGUGCUCCGUGCUGGCGCCAGCAGAUGCUGCCUUCACAAUUGAAUCCGCUGCACCGGCAUCAGGCGAGACGCAACCACAGCAGCAGCUCGUGCUCGUUGACGCGCAGCCCAUUGACUUUGAGGCAUCGCAGACCUUCGACGUCACCCUGGCAUGCAGCGAUGGCAACGGCGCCACCACCGACGCCACAUUCGCUCUCACUGUGCAAGAUGUGAACGAACCGCCAACAGCCAUUGCGCUCUCGUCCACGCAGGUUGCAGAGGACGUGCCUGUGGGCAGCACCGUUGCCUCCGUCAUUGUUGUGGACCAGGACGCAGGCGACACACACAACGUCACUGUGGCCAGCGAACCUGCGGGUGUGUUUGAGGCUGUGCGCAACCCAUCCACGGGCACAUACGCGCUUGUCCUGGCCUCGCCCUUGGACUUUGGCACACAGGACAGCAUCGCCGUCAUCAUUCGCGCCGAGGACAGUGCACACAACAUGUUACAGACCACCAUCGCUGUGAGCGUGCUUGACGCGAACGACCCACCAAGCGCAGUCACGCUUCAGCCUUCCUCUCUGAACGAGCACAGCGCAGCCGGUACGGUGGUUGGCAUUGUCUCUGCCACGGACCAAGACGACCCGUCCGCCACCACUCCCAUCACCAUCCACGUGCUUGCCGGUCACAACUCGGGCCUGUUUGAGGUGCAGCCCAUCAACACAUCCGCUCCACAGCAACAACAGCAGCAGCAGCAGCAGCUUCGUGUGUUUGUUGGAGCACCAGACGCCAUUGACUUUGAGAUGUCGAGUGUGGUGGAGGUGGACGUGCAGGCCGAGGACAGUGAGGGCGCGCGUGGCCCCGUCACCACGCUCUUCAUAGACGUGGUUGAUAUGCCCGAGGCACCACGCCAGCUGUCCUUACAAGGCGAUGUGGUGGAGGAGAACGCCGUUGCCACGGCUGUUGGCGUCGUCUCUGUCCUCGACCCUGACGCGGGUGGCACACGGUGCACGGCCACGCUCAACACGACCUCUGCUGCUGCCAACGCGCCAAACUACGAGGAGACCCCCUUUGUGGACGUGGUCGUCGUUGCCACGGACCUGCUGUACACGGUGUUUAACACCUUCAACAUCACCAUCCUCAACGAGCUCAGCACGGCCUCUGUUGCGGAGAACACGCCACCAGGCAUCCCCAUAGCUACCAUCGUUGCGUUUGACGAGGACAGGAGCGGUGAUGAGCACGCGUGCCAGCUGCUCUCUGGCGUCGACAGCGCCUUGCUCUCCCUUGUUGCCUGCCCAGCACUCUCACGAUGGCCGCGGGACGCGCAGGACAGCACCAUCUUUGUGCUCUCGGACAAUGACGGCGGGCGCCUGACCAUUGCGCAGACCAACGAGGUGGUCAUCUUGGCAGACGCACCACUCGACUUCGAAACACAGCCCACCCGCACCUUCAACGUCACCGCAGUCGACCUCUCCGGCAUCCCUGUCUCCCGCCAGUUCACUUAUGAGGUUGCAGAUGUGAACGAGCCACCAACAGCACCCACCAUUACCCCAACUCUUGGAAACGGCGGUGACAAUAGCAGCGAUGUCACAAUCAUCCCCGUGCCCGAAACGACGGCUGUUGGAACCGUGAUUGCCACGCUCGCAUCCACAGACCCACAGACCCAGAAGGCACGCCCCGCGUUCGUAGCUGUGGACGGCGCUGUGGACGGCGCCUCCAUCGUGCUCGCCGCUCCCGUCAACUUUGAGGGAGGCGGCAGCAGCAGCAGCGACGCCAGGUUGUUCUUCUGGGCACGAGCCAGCGACGGCGUGAACGACUCGCCCACCACCCACGCCGGCAUCGCCAUUGGUGACGUGGACGAGGCCCCAUCGUCCAUUGUGGUGUCCCCCACACGCGUGCUGGAGAAUGCACUGCCGGGCGCGGUCACCCUGAGCGUCACCAUCACGGAUCCAGACGAAGAUGACAGUGUCGUCAUCACCGGCAUUGCAACCGAUCCUGCCAACAUUGACAUCACCAUUCAGACGCAGCCGUCGUGUGUCAGCGUUCCGCCACGGGAAGGCAACAACGGCACGCUGGCUGCUGGGUACACGGAGUGCAGUGGUGCUGUGCUGACGCUGAACCAGCCCCUCAACUACGAGCAGCUUCCCUCCUUCGUGCUCACCUUGCACACAGCAGAUGCAGCUGGCGCACAGACAACGGCGACAGGUUCAGUGGAGGUGGCAAACCUCAACGACCCGCCAACUUCGGUGGCACCUGCGACGGUGCAGCUGCCAGAGAACUCUGCCGCCAACACCACGGUCGCUGUGCUGACCGUCGCAGAUGAAGAUGCAGGCCCAGCCGGCACGUACACGUGUGCUCUGCGGCACCUGUCAGCAGCAUCCUGGCCGUUUGUUGUCAGUGGUGGCAAGCGCGUGCUGGUUGACCCGACAGCCACCGCCAGCGAGCUCAAGGCUGCGCUGAACUACGAGGACACGCCUGUUCUGCUGGUCGAAGUGACAUGCACUGACGGCUCAACAGCAACGACCCCACUGGCCAUCAACCACACACUCACGGUGCAGCUGACGAACGUACCGGAGGCACCCACCGACAUUGUCAUUGUGCCCGGCAGCGUGCCCGAGAACUCGCCAGCAGGCGCGUCAGACGUCGGGGACACGCACACCAUCAGCCUCAUGUCCAACGCAGGCGGUCGCUUCCGCUUGCAGGGCGACACGCUCGUGGUGGCGAGCGGCGCUGUGCUUGAUCAUGAGCCAACGCCGCAGCUCUCCGUCGCGCUCGGUGCAUUUGACCCGACCUUCCGAUAUGUCAUCCGCACCAUCGCCAUCCCCAUUGUGGACGUGAAUGAACCACCGACGAUGCCCAUGUACGAGGGCGCGCUGACGCUCCCGGAGAACGCAGCACCGGGCACGGUGGUUGGCGAGGCGUCCGCCAUGGACCAGGACGAUGGCCAGACCAUCACCUUCUCGAUCGGUGUCUCAUUUGAGGUGGUGGCGACAGACAGCGAUGCCGUGUUCCCGCUCAGCGCCAGCACCAUUGUCACCAUCUCCCUGACAAACGCCAACGACGCCCCAAGCACGAUUGCGUUUGAGGGCAGCUUCACCUUGCCCGAGAACGCACCAGCCGGCACCCCAAUUGGCGUUGUCAUUGCAACCGACGAAGACGCCAGUGACACCCUCAACAUCACCGUGUACGAAAGCAGCAGCAGCAGCAGAAUUAGUGGGGUGCGUGCGGGUGUGACGGCGUGUGAGCCGGGCGAGGGCGGUGUUGGCGUUGUGUGCCGCGCACAAGUGCUGAGCACGCACACCUUCAACUACGAAGAGCUGCUGGCGUCGUCCGCCACUAUGCGCCCCAUUGUGGUGGAGGUGACAGACACCGUGGGCGGCAUCGCCUCUGCUUCUACCUCCUUCACUGUGCUUGACGUGAACGAUGAACCGACGGACCUCGUUGCACCCGCCCUGCCGCUUCUCCUGCCCGAAAACGCCGUGCCGCUGCCCUACACCGUGUCCACACUGACGUUGGAGGACGAGGAUCAGGUGCAGGUGUCGCCGGUGUCCUGCACCGUGGAUGGCGCGUAUGCAGACAGCUUCGUGGCCACCGCAACACAAGGCACGCAGCGCAUCGCGGUGCAAGCAACGCGCACCUUUGAUUAUGAGGAGGAGCCCGACACCUUUGACAUUGCAGUGGCGUGCCAGGACGGUGCGUUUUCCAUCACCCGCACGUUCCCUGUACGCGUGCUGGAUGAACCAGACGCACCAACCGCCAUCACGCCCAUGCAGAUCAGCGUGGCCGAGAACUCGCCCGUGGGCGCCCUCGUUGGCGAGAUUACUGCCGUCGACCCCGACACUUUUGAUCGGCACUCGUUUGCGUUUGCGGCCCUCGACUUUGAGGACGAGAGCGUGCGCGAGACCACGCUUCUUGUGCGGGUGACAGACUCCACAGGCCUGUUUGCCGAUGUGAACGUGACGCUCAUCAUCACAGACGUGGACGAGCCCGUGCCGUCCUUCACUGUUGCGCCUGCCGCUCCCAUCCCUGAGCGCACCACGUCUCCAACGCUAGCAGCGACACUGACGGCGGUUGACCCCGAGGGUGACCUCGUCACCUUCACCGUCACGGACGAAAGCCAAGCAGUUGCCACGGGCGCGCGUGCAUGCCUCGCCGUCAUCCCUCCUGUCAUGCCUGCUGCCGCCACCAUGCCCAGCGACACCAUUACCACAAUUUCCACCACAACCACGACAACGACAACGCCCGCUCCGGCCUUUACGGGCAGCGGCGAUGGCACCGUGGUGAGCAGUGGUGAUGGUGAUGCAGGCGCAGAUGAGAUUGUGGACACAACCGCCACACCUGUCUCAACAACAGACGCUACAGGCACUGUCCCUACCCCUGCUGCCGAUCCAUCGCAGACAGAGUGCCGGACAUCCAUGACGGUGACCUCGUCUGAUUCUGUGGUGCUCAUGAUUGUGCCUGGUGCGGAUGGCCUUGACUGUGAGCGCUGGCCUGUCUUCAACGUCAGCGUGCACGCCAGCGACAUGAUGGACACCACGAGUGGCAUCACACAUGACGUUCCCGUGUACGUGCUGGAUGAGCCGGAACCCCCACGCGAUGUGCAGCUGACAGCGACCGCCGUGUCUGAGAGCACAGCGGUUGGCACCAUCGUGGCACGUGUGCAGGCGGAGGACGAUGACGCUUGUUCCCAGCUCACCUUCGCCGUGCAUGACCCCACCAACACGUUUGUGCUCGCUGCGCCAAUGAAUGCAUCCGGCGUGCAGUUCAAAAACCUUGGCGCCGGGUAA